AUGCCGAUUCUAGCCAAGCUCCUCUCGUCGUUGACGGGAACCGACGAGCCCGCAAAACCGCCCACGCAACCGCCCACGCAAGUACUUCCUCCUCCUCCACCACCGAACCCGACCGUUCAGACGCAGAGCUACGAGCCACCGCGCUCACCCGAAGAGGAAUUUCGUCGCUCGGCGAAGCAGCUGGGUCUCUUUGCCGCCGGCGCCGGCUUCCUCACCCUCUCGACCCUGAUCACGCGACGCGCCGUGGCGCGCAGGAUGUUUGAGUCGGCCCCAAGAAUGUUCCAGCCCAGUCAUCAUGGCCCGCGUGCACCACCGCGGGGGCAGAAAGACAAGGGGGACGACGCGUUCGUUGCGGUAGAAGCUCUGGGCCUAGCAACGCUGAACGUGUUCAGCUUCGGAGUCAUGAUGACGGGCGGGUUCAUGUGGGCGUUUGACAUUUCCAACCUUGAGGAUCUGAGGAGGAAGGCAAGAGCAUCACUUUAUGGUGCGGAUGGCGUGGUCGACGCGGCGGCGGAGCAGCAGGUCGAGGAGUGGGUGGCAGAGGUGUUGUCGAGGAAAGACAAGCGGGAGAGCGAGCAAGCCAACGCCAGCAAGAAGAACGGAUGA